AUGUAUGUAUGUAACGUCGGCCGGCGGAGCACAGUAAUAUUCCCGUCUGGCUUUCUCAGUCUUUCCUCGUUAACCCUGAUCGGUAGCUUGGCUCCGCGGCACUGCUGCUCCUCGCCUAACUGUCACUGUCGCUCGGUGGCUGGUGAUCCCCGAACCUUUCUGCCCGCUUUAGCCGCUUGUCUCUCCUGGGCGAAUUCCCAUAUCUGCAGCGCCACUCGUUCCGGUCCCUGCGAUACUCUCAAAGAUUGAGCCCCAUACAACAAACUGAAAUUUAACGAUCGUCAGCUGAGGCUUGCACUCGCUGCCAUUAUGAAACCCUGCCACCUUCUGCCUUGUCUUAAUCCCAGCUUCUCGCAUAGGUGGUUCUUUGGUAGGCAUCCUUCUGUUCGGGUGCGGUCUUUCUCUGCGAUCAAACCCCAGAUGACCUCAGAGUACUACACAUUUGGACCUUACAAGAUAAGCUCGAAGGAAGUCUUCUACACCACCCCGCUCUCCUUCGCCUUCGUAAAUUUGCGUCCCGUUCUUCCUGGUCAUGUGCUUGUCUGCCCAAGGCGUGAAGUGAAGCGCUUUGUGGAUCUCACUGCCGAAGAGACCAAUGAUUUAUGGCUUGCUGCGAAGAAAAUUGGAGGUCAGCUUGAGAUAUUCCACAAAGCAUCUUCUCUGACAUUUACGAUUCAGGAUGGGCCUGAUGCUGGGCAGACCGUUCCCCAUGUUCAUGUCCAUAUCCUCCCUCGUAAGGCCAAGGAUUUCAAGAAUAAUGAUGAGAUAUAUGAUGCGAUUGAUGAGAAGGGGAAGGAACUAAAGCAAAAGCUCAAUUUGGAUCAGGAGAGAAAAGAUCGGAGCCUUGACGAGAUGACCCAAGAGGCAGAUGAUUAUAGAAAGCUUUUUUCGAUUCCUGACUCUUUGUUCCUCUAAAUUAGUAAGUACAAGGAAGCUAUUUCCUCCAAAAUGGGAAUUUGGGACAGUUCGAUUAUUCAUCGCCACAGAUGCUUAGGCCUUGCUAGCACAGUGUUUUCUUUUAAGUGAUUUGUUACAGCAGGGAAUGAAGUGACGUGAAUGCUGGUUAUAUUGUAUGCCAAUAUCAUAGCAAAAUCUUAGAUGUGUGUCUUGAAAUGUAAACAACAUCUGAGCUAACCUUUGAUUAGCUUCUCUGUUUACUGAUUUCUGUGUGGGUUUAGCUUGUA